AUGAAUACCCUAGAGUAUAGAGUGCUAGUAUUAACCUUAGUGAAUUCAGCAAAUUUGAUAAAUUACGAAUCAAACCAGAUCGUGAACAUGACUCUUCAACUCUUUCCAAAGUACUAGAUAAGGAGCUCCAGCAAAUCUUACUAAUCACAAUCAGAUGGGAAAAAUUCAGUAGUUUUGAAGACAAAGCCAGCAAAGAUGACAUCUAAUAUUAGGUAGAAAAAAUUCAAGACUAAAGUGAUGAGUACAAUGGAGUCAAAGAACUUACAAUAAUCAAAGAGGGGUACUCUCAUUGAUGGUGAUGAACAAAACCUUGAUUCCCUUGAAAAUUAAAUAAAGCAUAAAAUCAAAGCUGGGUUAUAUAAUUCGUAUAAGAAUGAUCCAUUUGUAAAUGAAGACUUCAUUAUUUCGGAUAGUUAUGUUUAGUUUUCAAGAAAGAGAUUUAUAAAAUUUUUCAUCUAUCAUCUGCUUUACUAUUUUUACUUUGGACCAUUGAUUUACUUUAUCCUUUUGCCUUUUGAAAACAAGAAUUUUUUAUUAAAUAUGGGAUUUAUGGGAUUUGGUUUAGGGGCUCGCUAUCAAAUGUUACAAUGGUUUCCUUUACUAAUAGCAUCAGUUAUUUUUUACUCGGGGAUAGAUCAUGAGUAUAUAACACUAACUGAGAUAGCUAUGGCAUAUCUCACCAUUGUUUUAAGAUGUCUAAUUGUAUCAAUUAGAUAUGCAACUACACUUUAAUCAAGAAUAGACAUGCAGUAUAAAAGAAUAUUCACAGAUUAAGAGAAUCAGCAAGAAUAUCUUGGAACUGGCUGGAGAGAUAUUCAUCCUUUAUAUUUAGAUUAGGAAAUAAAGCAUUCAAUGAUAAGAAAUGAAGUGGAAAACUUUUUUUUCAAUUUCAAAUUCAUCAUAAAAAUCAAUGAAGAGUACAAAGAGAGAUUCAACAACUAUAAUUACUACAUAGACCACAAAUAUGAAGGUGAAAAAUAAAAAAUAUACUUGCUUAAGUUUUAUGAAGCUGUUUUAUUUGGGUAACAGAAUUAGAGUGUAAAGAGAAAGUUUUUAAGUGAAACUAUCGAUUAUAUACCUCAUAGCAUCAUAGAUAUCCAUAAUAGUUACCAUGAAGAGCCUACGAAGGAAGAUUUAUUUAUGCUCUAUUCAGGCAGACAAGUCGUCAAGGAGUUUAUUCUUGCUUCAAAGCAUCUUUCAUAAUUCCUACAUAAAAGAGUAUUUACGAGUAUUGGCUAUAUACAUGCAGUUCUUCCUUUCAUAAUAAAUCUAUUUUUGGAUUUACACUUUGAUUAAUUACCUCAGUAAUAACUCUAAAUAAAAUACAAAUCUGCUUGCUUUUGGAUUUAUACUAUAAUGCUUGUUGUGGUUAAUUCAGUGACCUAUUCUGUGAAUCAAGAAUUUCUUCGAAUAGGUAUGAUCGAUAUGAAAAGAAGAUUAUUUUUAAUGAGGAUUUGCGAGUAUAUUCUAGAGCCAAAUAAACACAAAGUCAAGGGAGUUUUUAAAGUUUUCCCUCUCAUCAAUUACUUUGAUCCUCAAACUCUAUUGUCUUGGAUGGAUAUGAGACAAAUGCUUCUGGAUGUAGGAAAGAGAUUUCACAUCCGCAUUGAACUAUACAUCUAAAUGUACUUGAUAGUUUACAUAUUGAUUGCUGCUGUUUAUCUGCUCUACUUCUUCUAAAUAUUUAACUUUUACAUGGAAAAAGCAAUGGUUGCUAUCCUAAUAUUCGAGAUUGUUAAUUAGUUCGUUGUACUAUAUAUGAAUUUUUACUAUGGAGCCUUGAUCAAUGAAAUUUCUAAUAACUAACUACUGCGAAUUUGUGAAUUAAGAAAUGUCUUAGAAAGACUAAAAGUUGACUGGGAAAAGAUAGUUUGUUGUAGCAGAAAUAAUGCUGUGAUGAUGAAUAAUACAUUUAGACUAUCUCUUUUGUACUUUGACUUUGUAAGUAAAGACUAAGGACCAGAGAGAUGCAAAGAGAUUCUAAUGGAAUCAACAGCUGUUCUUGAGGUAGUCUCAUUUAGAUUGGAGAAAGAAUUAUAGCUUAAUCCAAUUACCAUUUUGGGAGUGCCAUUAAAUACCACGGUUUUAAAGGCUAUCUAAACAUCUGUGAUUUCUCUAAUAGCUGCAAUGAUCAAUAAGAAAACCUAACUUUUAAACUGA